CGCCGGUUCGGUCAGUGCGAUGCCAACUGUGUUAGCGUUCGCGUUACACGAUGACGAACGUCGUCAAUCAUCAUCUACCCUCGUGGUCCGCGGUCAUUGUGGUGUCGAUCGUAGCCGUCUCGUUGGCGCCGGUGUCGCUGUGUUCGGUGCAGCAAUCCAGCAGCGGCAACGGGCUAUGGGACGAUCUGAUGGGCAAGUGCGACGGUCCAAGGAACACGAUGGACUGCGUGCGCAGCCGGCUGUACAAUUACGUCGAUCACACGUUCGAAUCCGACUUUAACAUCACCGACGGGCUGAUAUUCACGAAGAACUCCAACAACUACGAGUCCAUGUGUCCCGAAAAUAACGAGACAACCACCACGUCCUAUCGGGAAGCCCGAGCUCCUGAAAUGGAAGAAGAAGAAGCAGUAGUCGAUGAUGGCUGGUCCGACGUCACAGAGCGGCUGUACAACAAGGGUGCCAAAUACUUGGCAACCCACGAUUUUGAAGCCACUGUACCAAGUUUUUUGGGUGGCGGACCCGGUGCUAGGGUUCGUCUGUCACCCAAAAAAAUUUUACCCGAUGGCGGCAUAAUUCUGCGAAUGGACGUGUUGCCGGCUGCAAGAGACGCCAGAUCGCCUAGAUUCAUGCACAAGAUGAUAAAGCAACUGUUCAAAAAGAAACUCAUGUCUAGCGGAAUGGCUCUGAUGUUAAUCAUCAAACUCAUCAAAAUCAAGCUGAUAUUCCUAUUGCCGCUGUUGAUCGGAGCGAGCGCCGCCAAGAAGAUACUGCUCAAAGUCCUACUGUUCAUCUUCCCGCCGUUGGCUCAUUUGUUCAAGCUAUGUUCGUACUAUCAUCAUCAUGCCUCCAAGUUCUAUCACUUCCACCAUCACAAGGUGAAGCACCAUCACCACCACCUCAAGAUCCCUGUACCGGUACCUGUUCCAAUCAAACCACCACCGAGCUACCACAGCGAUUACUAUCCUGCAGGUCCCACGUUGGAUCAUCCUCCGCCACCAGGACCAUACGACUCUCCCGAGACUUUGGGUGGCGGCAGUGACUAUUACAACCGUAAUGGUUUGGAAAUGAACAACGUGGUUUCGGACCAUGCAGACGAGCUGGCCAGUUGGGGGUUGGGUGAUUACGGGGAAGGCACGUCACAGUACGACGCCCCCAAAUACUCUUAUUCGGCAUCGCCCGCGCAGUACGAACCACUCAAGUAUGGUGGCGACGGCGGUGGAGGUCCUCCACCAUCGCCGUACGCUGAGAAGUACGUCAAGAGGUUGGACAACAAUCCCGCCUUGGUGAGACCGCCGCCCGCGCUGCAACAGGUGGCGACGCACGACCCAGUGUACACUCCGAUCGUACAGAAAUUGGAUGAGAUAUUCCAUGAAUUGGCUGUGCCCGAGGAAUCAUGCAAAGAGAAAUUAGUGUGCAAGAUGUACGGCGACCCCGGCAGAUUCAGUCCACACAGCAACCUGGUGUCCGCGCAAUUGAGCAGCGAGACGGCUGCGAGUUCCGGAGGAAGAACGGGCGUCAGCGCGGACGCGGCGAGACUGUGGCGUUAUGUACAAGCCGCAAAGGAAGGCCAAAAUGGAGAAGACUGUCGCAUCCUCUAUCAGACGUGCAACAUGAUCGGUCUAUGAUGACGACUGACUAGUGACUCACCGAAUAAAAAUUAAAGAUUUUUAACAUUAAUCAAAAAAAAUACAAAUACAAAAUUUUUCUACUCGGUCCACCACCGCUCUGUGCAUAAGUACAGUUCACACGAUUUUAGUAAUUAAGGCGUUACAGUUAUUCAUCCUUGACAAUAUCGAAUCACUUAAUUAUUAUUAUUUUUUUAAUGCGCUUAACGCUAACGAGRCACGCGCAACAUUUACGUAUAGGUAUAGAACAAAGUAAUAUAAUAAUAAUAUAUUAUACACACACAUCUAGUCACCUCAAUUCGUAGAUAUAGGGCAGCGGUCAUAGACAUACCUAACCAAACAAUAAUAAUUGUACAAAGACAAUCGAUCAUUGGUUAUUAUGUGUAUCUACCGUAUACGUAUACAACUGUUGAAAUUUGACUUAAAAGUAAAUAAAACUGCUUAUACUUAUAUUAU